ACCAUUUAGAUCCACUCAAAAUGAAGUUCGCUUCUCCCAUUUCCAACCAACGAAUUUGUGUGUAUCUUGAUAGCAUUGAGUCAGUUAAAUAUCUGUGCGACAAAGUAAAGUCAAUAAAAGUAAAUAAUCAAGAAGUCAACAUUCGGCCUUUAAGAUCAAGAAACAAAAGAGUCAUUAUUUCCAAUGCAAGUCCUGUCAUCUCUAACGCUACCCUCAUUGAAGAACUGAAAAAAAUGGGCAUUGAUCCAGUCUCUCACAUUAAUUACCUGAGAAUUAAUAGCAAUCUACCCAAAUUUUCACACUUAGGAAGCUUCAGACGACAAAUCUAUAUAAGAGAGGAGGACGAAGCCAAACUUGUUUCCUCUGUUCCAGUCAGUAAUGGUAACAUUGUUUACCACGUAUAUUUCUCGACAAACAAACCCACUUGCUUCUUGUGUAAAGAGAAAGGUCAUUUGGCAAAGGACUGCCAACAACAACAGACAAAUAUUUCACAAGAAAAGUUUCCUCCCUUACAAGACUUGGGAAAUGGCUUCCCUCCAACAUGCAGCGAUCUCAACAGUGCUCAAAAUAAUUAUGCUAACACUGUUAACAUACCCAACCUCAACGACCUUGAAAUUAUGCCACCUCCGCUCGCUGCAAUUCAUGGAAAAAAAAGGCAUGCUGAAUCCGACUCUAGUUCACAAACAUCUAUCACAAACCCUUCCAAUGCCCGGCUCCUUAAAAAUAAGCCAAAAAGGAAAAAAACCGAGCCUCAUCAAGCAACACUUCCAAAUGCCAACAUAUCUCACGAUGAAAUCAAUAUCCAACUUGAAUCUGUAUCGAAGCAUCUCCAAGAUAAUCACAUCCAAUUAGCAGUCAACUGGGAAAAACUUACAACGUUUCUUUUCUUGUCUUAUGGCAAAUCCAAUGUUUCCGAUAUUCUCACUUCACUAAAUGUAGUGUAGAGAAUAUGGACGAAUCUCUCCAAGUGAUAAGAAAUCUAGUCAACGACAACAAUUUAAAACACCGAAUCUCCAGAAUAAGAAAAAAAUUCGGGUUAAGCCGUCUGUAUCCCGAUUCGGAAUCUACUUUUGACGAAUCAA